UUUCUGGAAUUAACAAUACGAGCGUCGCCUUUGCAAACAAAAUCUAGGUUUGGAGGGAAACUUGACAUAAAUAAAAGCAAAAAUUAAAAUUUGUGUCCGCUGACCGCUCGUCUGUAGUCAUUUGAAUUUUAAAUCUUUCUCAACAAACAAAGUAGCCACUAGUCAAUACAUUGACUUAGUAAAUUUGUGAAGAUGUCAAUACAUUUAGAUAUUAAUCAAAAACAACUGACUGAGGAUGUGAAACUACAUUUUCUCCCAGCUGAGAUUGGAACUAAUGUGGAAGCGAAAGUGAAUGACUUCUUUAACAUUUACACCACAAAUGAAAAUACUCAUCUGACCAAUUCGCUGCGAGGUUUUCCCCUUGAUGGAAUAGAUUUUCAAGUGCCCUCAACUCUAAAUGGAGUGGUUUUUCAGGAGGCUCAACGUACUUCAGGUGAAAGUUGCGGGAGACUAUUAAAGGUCACGGGGACAUUCAAAAACUUCACAUAUUGGAAUUACGAUAAGGUACCUUCUGCUUCGGAUGGUAUACGUCAAGCGCUAGAAGCAUUGCUUGUUGUAGAUGAACUUUCCAAGCCUGUUCAUGCUGAAGAUCUCAAAAAUCAAAUUGAUCAAGAGUUACAAGCCAAAAUUGAAGAAAAUUCCUAGAUAUAACUGUUCUUACUUACAAGUGGGCUUUCAAAGUAGUAACUAUACUGGCGGGCACAAAUACGAAAAGAAGAAACAAGUUCCAAAGGCAGUAUUGCACCUAUUUUUUAACUUACUUAUCUCAACUUUAUAUAUUUCAAUAUAAAAAUGCACUGCUCUAGCGACUGAUUCCGAAUUCAAACGUGAUAAUGUAGUUUAUUAAGAACAAUAAAGUAUUGCCUUUUUGUUAAAAAAUAA